AUGAGUUUCCGUGCUUUGACUAUGAGAAGUGCAGUAGCCAGAACUGCUUUGAACAACACUAUUCGCUCUGCAAGAGUCGCUACUCCAUACUUGGGUAUUCGUCACUCUUCCUCUACCCCUACACCAGAUCCAAAGACCAAAGCUGCCUCCUUGAUCGACGCUUUACCUGGUAAUACAGCCUUAACAAAGACCGGUAUUUUGGGUACAUCUGCAGCUGCUAUCAUAUACGGUAUCUCCAAUCAAUUGUAUGUUAUCAACGAUGAGAGUAUCUUGUUGUUGAUCUUCUUGGGUUUCUCUGGUUUGGUCGCCAAGUUCCUCGCUCCAUUGUACAAGGAUUUUGCCGACGCUAGAAUCAAGAAGAUUGGUAGCAUCCUGAACUCUUCCAGAGAAAGACAUGUUGAUGCUGUGAAGGAUAGAAUUGAAUCUGUCUCAGAAUUACAAAAUGUCUCAGAAACUACCAAAGUUCUAUUCGAUGUCUCAAAGGAAACUGUUGAACUAGAAGCAAAAGCAUUUGAAUUGAAGCAAAAAGUUGAGCUUGCUCAUGAAGCUAAGUCCGUUCUAGAUUCUUGGGUCAGAUACGAAGCCUCUUUGCGUCAAUUACAACAAAAGCAAAUUGCUGAAGGAAUCAUAAGCAAAGUUGAAAGUGAACUAACCAACCCUAAAUUCCAAGACAGAGUCUUACAACAAUCUAUUGCUGAAGUUGAACAAGUCUUGGCAAACAUUAAAUAA